CUACUGAUAGCUGUUAACGUGGAAGUAAAUGUCCAAGCAAUUGCUUAGAAGUUUGAAGUGACUACUGAUUGGAAUCAUCUGGAAGAAAUGGGCAACACCUGGAAAACCUUCUUGAUAAUGGUCUACAGCUAUUUCCUGAAAGGGCUCAGGUUUGAAGGUGUCCGUAUUUUCAUGCAAAUAGACAAAAGAAGAAAGCAAAUCGUUCUUGAUGGCUGUUUUUCAUAAGAGAAAUGAUGAAGAAGCUGUUGUGGAUAGAGGAGGAACUCGGUCGAUCCUCAAAACUCAUUUUGAAAAGGAAGAUCUAGAAGGUCAUCGAACAUUGUUCAUUGGCGUUCACGUGCCACUGGGUGGAAGAAAAAGUCACAGGCGCCAUAGGCACCGUGGACAUAAACACAGAAAAAGAGACAGAGAACGAGAUUCAGGAUUAGAAGACGGAAGAGAAUCUCCUCCUUUUGAUACUCCAUCACAAAGAGUGCAGUUUAUUCUUGGAACAGAUGAUGAUGAAGAACACAUUCCUCAUGAUCUCUUUACUGAGCUUGAUGAAAUUUGUUGGCGUGAAGGAGAGGAUGCUGAGUGGAGGGAGACAGCAAGGUGGUUGAAGUUUGAAGAAGAUGUAGAAGAUGGUGGGGAGAGGUGGAGCAAACCAUAUGUUGCCACACUGUCACUUCAUAGCUUGUUUGAGCUGAGAAGCUGUAUCCUGAAUGGCACUGUUUUGUUGGACAUGAGAGCUAACUCCAUAGAAGAAAUUGCAGAUAUGAUUCUGGACCAGCAGGUGGGCUCUGGGCAGCUCAGUGAGGAUGUUCGUCAUAGAGUGCAUGAGGCAUUACUGAAACAGCAUCACCAUCAGAACCAGAAGAAACUGAGCAAUAGGAUCCCGAUUGUGAGAUCCUUUGCUGAUAUUGGAAAGAAGCAAUCUGAGCCACAUUCCAUGGAUAAAAAUGGUCAGAUUGUUUCCCCACAAUCUGCUCCAGCCUGUGUUGAGAACAAAAAUGAUGUGAGCAGAGAAAAUAGCACUGUUGACUUUAGCAAGGUUGACUUACAUUUCAUGAAAAAGAUACCACCAGGAGCUGAAGCAUCCAACAUCUUAGUUGGUGAGCUGGAAUUUCUGGACCGUGCAGUUGUUGCUUUUGUUAGGUUAUCGCCUGCGGUGCUGCUUACAGGACUAGCUGAAGUUCCUAUUCCAACUAGAUUUUUGUUUAUUCUUCUUGGGCCAUUGGGUAAAGGGCAACAAUAUCAUGAGAUAGGAAGAUCAAUUGCAACUCUGAUGACAGAUGAGGUGUUCCAUGACGUUGCUUACAAAGCAAAAGACCGCAAUGACUUGGUGUCUGGAAUUGAUGAGUUUCUUGAUCAGGUUACAGUUCUCCCUCCUGGAGAGUGGGACCCAACAAUCCGAAUAGAACCACCUAAAAAUGUUCCCUCUCAGGAGAAGCGUAAGAUUCCAGGAGUACCAAAUGGGACUGCAGCUCAUGGGGAACCAGAACAUCCUGGAGGACACUCUGGACCAGAAUUGCAACGCACUGGAAAAUUUUUUGGUGGAUUGAUUUUAGAUAUAAAAAGAAAGGCUCCAUUCUUCUGGAGUGACUUCAGGGAUGCUCUCAGUCUACAGUGUCUGGCAUCGUUUUUGUUUCUCUACUGUGCUUGCAUGUCUCCUGUCAUCACGUUUGGUGGUCUACUGGGAGAAGCAACUGAAGGUCGUAUAAGUGCAAUAGAAUCACUGUUUGGAGCGUCCAUGACUGGAAUUGCCUACUCUCUCUUUGGUGGACAGCCUCUCACUAUACUUGGCAGUACAGGACCAGUUUUAGUGUUUGAGAAGAUUUUAUUCAAAUUUUGCAAAGAGUAUGGGUUAUCAUACCUUUCCCUGAGAGCUAGCAUUGGUCUGUGGACUGCAAUCCUGUGCAUCAUCCUUGUUGCAACUGAUGCAAGCUCCCUGGUCUGUUACAUUACCCGGUUUACUGAAGAAGCUUUUGCUUCUCUUAUCUGCAUAAUUUUCAUUUAUGAGGCCUUAGAGAAGCUAUUUCAUCUCAGUGAGACAUAUCCAAUCAACAUGCAUAAUGAUUUGGACCUGCUGACUAAGUACUCAUGCAAUUGUGUGGAACCAGAGCAUCCUAGCAAUAAAACCUUACGAUACUGGCAGGACUACAAUAUAUCUGCAUCUGAUGUGCCAUGGGGGAACCUAACUGUGACAGAAUGUAAAAAACUUCAUGGAGAAUUUGUUGGACGAGCCUGUGGUCACCAUGGUCCUUAUGUUCCAGAUGUCCUUUUCUGGUCUGUCAUCUUAUUUUUUUCUACAGUAACUCUAUCAUCCACACUGAAGCAGUUCAAAACUAGCCGAUACUUCCCAACAAAGGUACGAUCUGUUGUCAGCGAUUUCGCUGUCUUUCUCACUAUUUUGUCCAUGGUUUUAAUUGACUAUGCCAUUGGGAUCCCAUCACCAAAACUUCAAGUUCCAAAUGCUUUUAAGCCCACCAGAGAUGAUCGUGGAUGGUUUAUUACUCCUCUGGGGCCUAAUCCUUGGUGGACAGUGAUAGCUGCUGUAAUUCCAGCCCUGCUUUGUACUAUCCUUAUUUUUAUGGACCAGCAGAUUACAGCUGUCAUUAUAAAUAGAAAAGAGCAUAAACUAAAGAAAGGGUGUGGAUACCAUCUCGACUUACUCAUGGUGGCAGUCAUGCUUGGAGUGUGUUCCAUUAUGGGGUUGCCGUGGUUUGUUGCAGCCACUGUUCUCUCUAUUUCUCAUGUGAACAGCUUAAAACUGGAGUCAGAGUGUUCUGCUCCAGGGGAACAGCCGAAAUUUCUUGGAAUCCGGGAGCAAAGAGUCACAGGGCUCAUGAUUUUUGUACUUAUGGGCUCAUCUGUCUUUUUGACAAGUAUUCUGAAGUUUAUCCCUAUGCCUGUACUUUAUGGAGUAUUCCUUUACAUGGGUGCUUCAUCUCUAAAGGGAAUUCAGCUUUUUGACAGGAUAAAAUUAUUCUGGAUGCCUGCAAAGCAUCAGCCAGAUUUUAUUUAUCUAAGGCAUGUUCCUCUUAGAAAAGUCCAUCUCUUCACCGUAAUUCAGCUGAGUUGUCUUGUACUCCUGUGGAUUAUAAAGGUUUCAAGAGCUGCUAUUGUCUUUCCCAUGAUGGUCUUAGCUUUGGUAUUUGUCCGAAAACUCAUGGAUUUUUUUUUCACUAAACGGGAGCUCAGUUGGUUAGAUGAUUUGAUGCCUGAGAGCAAGAAAAAGAAACUAGAAGAUGCUGAGAAAGAGGAAGAGCAAAGUAUGUUAGCGAUGGAAGAGGAAGGGACUGUUCAGUUGCCACUAGAAGGACAUUACAGAGAUGAUCCAUCUGUGAUAAACAUUUCUGAUGAGAUGGCAAAAACUGCUGUGUGGAAGACACUGUUGAUAUCCUCGGAGAAUGCAAAAGAUAAGGAGUCAAGCUUUCCUUCUAAAAGUGCUGAAAUCAGACAAGAGAAGAAAGCUGACUCAGGGAAAGGAGUCGACCGAGAGACUUGUCUAUGACUUGUUCUAAAAUUAUUUUUUUUUACAAAAGAAUGAAAGGAGUGCCACAGCCACUAGCUAUAACUGAUUUGAUCUUGUAACUUUUGUCUUUCAUCUCAAACUAGCACAGGUAAUGUAGUGCAAUGUUUGUCUCAUUACCCUUUGUCUAAAUGUCUACACUGUCUGCUAUCUGUGCAAAAGUCUGCAGUAGCCAAUGCCAAAAAUCUUCAUUUCCUUUGCUGAUGUUGGCCAUUUAUCAGAAUUCAUAUCAUAAAUUUAACAUGCAAAGUUUCUUUCAAAUUCAACUUACCUGUUAAUAGGUUUGUACUGUAUUUUGCUACUUUUCCUGUGUGAGAAAACUUAAUCUUCACUCACGGUGAACUUGAAACAGUUGUUCCAAUUUUUUAAAAAAUCAUUUUACUGGAGGAAGUAGGAGACCCAACUUGACUAGUUGAGAUAAAAGUUGUUUUUAAAGUGAGAACUGAUCUGACCCUGUGAACAAACUCACAAGUAUAAUCCUUUUCUCCUCAAAUUGUCAUUUUGAAGUCAUGGAUUACUCUUGCAAUGGAGAUUGCAGGGUCAGAUUCUGUAUUUGUGCAGUUUUUGUUGAUUUAAUACAGUGUAUUUAAUAUUCAAAUUUGUA